AUGACAGCCGCGACACCCGUGGCAGAUGGGGGGAAGAAGAGCUGGCUCAGCACGAAACACCUUUUGGCCAUACACAACUUCAAGAGAAUCUUGACCUACGGCACACAAUGGGACAAGAUAGUGUUGGGAGUUUCCACAGUAUCGUCAGUGGCAACUGGCCUGACGAUACCGUUGAUGGUGGUCGUUUUUGCCAGGCUCAUUGGCAUAUUUACCGACUUUUAUCGCCAGGGGUCGACUCUGACUGGCAACCAGUUCAGUAAAGAGGUUAACGAAUGCGUAUACCAAAUCAUAUACCUCUUUGUGGCCAGGAUUAUAUUUUCCUACAUUUCCAAUCUUGGCUUCCGCAUGUUCUCUCUACGGAUCUCUUCCACCAUCCGCACAGUCUAUCUCCGUUCUCUCUUCUCCCUCCCCAUCUCCGUCAUCGAUGCCAUCCCAGCUGGACAAACAGCCGCCAUCGUCACUGUCACGGCGGGUUUGCUGCAGGUCGGCAUAUCCGAAAAGCUGGGCGGUGGUAUAGCCAGUCUGGCCAGUGUCGCUUCUAGUGUCGUCGUUGCGCUCGUAUUUAACUGGCUGCUGACUCUUGUAACGAUUGCUGGCUUGGCCUUUAUUGCCAUUGUCUAUGUCAUCUUCACGCCUUUGGUCGGUAAAAAGGCCCUCGAGGUUCACGAGGCCGAUGUCAAAGCAUCCAGCGUCGCCACUGAAGCCUUUACCUCAGUCCGCAUGCUAGCGGCUUGUGGUGCAGAGAACAAGGUCGCGCGCCGUUAUGCUGUUCACGUGGACGAGUCGUAUAAAAAGGGGCUGCGGAUGGCAUGGCUGGUGGGUGUCCAGCAGAUGUUUGUCUUCUUUGGCGUCUACGCGACCUUUGCUCUAGCCUUUUAUUUCGCCUUUCGCAUGUACAACACCACCGUCACCACGACUCCUGAGGAUCUGAUAGUUGUCCUCCUCUGCGUCAUGAUGAUGGCAACGUCCAUCGGCCAGAUCACAGCCCCUCUGGCCGCUGCACAACAGGCAGCUGAGGCUUGUGGCAUCUUCCAUACCAUCAUUGACUUUCCAAAGCCCGUCUACGGAUCUGCCAGAGGCGAGCAUGAAGUCCGUGCGGACGGCGACAUUGUGCUGAUGAAUGUCAACUUUGCCUAUCCUACCCGCCCAGAUGUCAAGGUGCUUGACAAUCUAUCCCUGGUUUUCCCCGCUGGCAAGGUAACUGCAAUCGUGGGUCCAUCAGGCUCGGGCAAAUCGACAAUUGUCGGCAUUCUGGAACGUUGGUACGAGUUCAACGGUGAUCCGGUCACGAACCCACUGGUUCUUUAUCUUCGCAACGGGUUUGUAUCCGUGGGCGGACGCCUCCUCACCGAAAUCGAUGUCAAAUGGUGGCGUAAUCAGAUAGGCCUGGUACAACAGGAUAAUGUGCUGUUCAACACGACAAUCUACAAGAACGUCGAGCACGGCCUGAUCGGCACCAUAUGGGAGCAUGAAAGCGACGAGAAAAAGGCCAUGCUGAUUGAGACCGCAUGUCGGGAUGCUUUUGCUGACGAGUUUAUCAACCGUCUUCCAGACCGUUAUCAAACAACCGUGGGAGAGUCAGGAAUCAAACUCAGCGGAGGUCAACGCCAACGUCUCGCCAUCGCGCGCGCCAUAGUCAAGCAGCCAAAAAUCCUCAUCCUCGACGAAGCAACCUCUGCCAUCGACGUACGCAGUGAGCAAAUCGUACAAGCCGCACUGGAGCGAGCCAGCCGCGGACGAACCACCGUCGUUAUCGCUCACCGUCUCGGCACCGUCAAAAAGGCCGACAAGAUCAUCGUGCUGAGCAAAGGCCAGGUGGUGCAGGAGGGCACGCACGACGAGCUGAGGAGGCAGAGGGGUAGUGCGUAUUACCUGCUAGCCAACGCGCAAAGCCUCAACGUCCGUCGGCGCUCGAACAGGAUGAGCGUCAACCAAACUCCGGACGAAGAGGAUGACAGCGGUUAUUUUAGGACGAAUUCACUCCUUGAUGGCGACUCUGACCACACGACCCGCUCUUCGGACUACGGAUCGGAUGAAGACGACGACAUCACCAUAGAGAGGCCUCGUGCGCGUGCUCGUGAUGAUGUGGGCGAGGAAAUGUCCACCAGCACCAUCCACGCCGCGACCCCCGCAUCGCAAUUUCCAGCCGACGACGCCGCAAAGGUGCAGGUGGUUGAGAUUCAAGAUCACUGGCUUGGUGGUUUUGCCGAACUGUUGGCGGAGCAGGGUUCGCGAUGGAAGUUGUAUUUUGUGAUCAUUAUUGGAGCUGUUGGAGCAGGUGCAAGCACGCCGGUGCAAGCAUACCUCUUCGCAACGCUCCUCAACCUCUUUUCCUUCAGAGGUGCGCAGGUCAACCAGCUCGCCAACUUCUUCUGCUUGAUGUUUGUGGUGCUCGCGGCGGGAGUUGGCAUCAGCCAUUUGUUCCUAGGAUGGUCGACGACACGGUUGGGCUUUGGCUUGACCCGAUUCUACCGAAAGGAGUACUUUAAAAACAUGAUCAGCCGACCGGCAUCUUUCUUCGACGAGGAGGACCAUACCGUGGGCUCUUUGACGGCAAGGUUGGCCACAGACCCAACGCAGCUGCAGCAGCUCCUCGGUGUCAACAUGGCCUUUGUGCUCGUGUCCAUUUUCAAUGUCAUCGGGUGCUGUAUUGUCGGGUUCGUAUUUGGGUGGAAAUUGACCAUCGUGUCCUUGGCUUCUACCAUGCCAAUCAUCGUGGUGGCCAUGGCUUAUCGCGUUCGGCAUGAGGUCCGCCUCGAGGCUGAAGCAAGCAAGGUUUUCGCCGAGGGCGCUCGAUUCGCAUCAGAAAGCAUCGCCGCAAUCCGGACAGUGUCCAGCUUGACCAUGGAGGACGGCGUUGGAACCAGAUACGAGGAGCUGCUCAACAAACACGUCCGUCAGGCUUUCGGCAAGGCCAAGUGGUCAUUGUUAUUAUUUUCCUUCAGUGACAGCAUUUCCUUUCUCUGCAUGGCUUUCGUUUUGUGGUACGGUGGUCGACUGCUGGCCAGUCGAGAGUACAGCCCGUUCCAAUAUGUGAUUGUGUAUAUUGCCGUGGUUCAGGGUGCCAUGAGUGCCGGACAAUGGUUGAGCUUCGGUCCUAAUAUCGCACAUGCUACCGCCGCGGCCGAUCGAGUUCUAGACAUGCGAGAACCUGAUGACGAACUGGACCGCGGCUUGCCUUUAAUCGACCCCAACGAAGACGACCUUCUGGAAGAAAAGGAAGGAGCCGAAGUGGAGCUGCGCGACGUAUGGUUCAGCUACCCGACUCGACCGGGAACAAUUCUCAAAGGCCUGGACAUCAAGGUUGAACGGGGACAGUUUGCUGCAGUCGUGGGCCCAUCCGGUUCAGGAAAAACAACAGUCAUCUCGCUGUUGGAGCGCUUCUACGGCGCCGAUUCGGGUCAGGUCCUGUACAACGGCCACGAUGUGCUGGAUCUGGAACCUUCAGCGUACCGGUCCAACGUGUCUCUCGUGGCACAGGAGCCACAUCUGCUCAGUGGAUCGAUGCGAGACAAUAUCCUGCUCGGCAUUGAAGACGAGUCGACUGUGGUUCAAGCUGACAUCUACGCCGCGUGUCAAGAGGCAGGACUGCACGACUUCAUUUCCUCUCUACCCGAAGGAUACUCUACCGAGGUCGGAGCAAGAGGUAUUGCUCUUUCUGGAGGGCAGAAGCAACGUCUAUCGAUUGCUCGUGCUUUGAUCCGUCGUCCGACUUUGUUGCUGCUUGAUGAGGCCACCAGCGCCUUGGACAGCGAGACGGAGAGGGCGGUUCAGGAGACGUUUGAAGCCACCAAGGGCAGCAGAACAAUGAUUGUUGUCGCCCACCGCUUGGCAACUGUCAAAAACGCAGAUGUCAUUUUCGUCAUGGCAGACGGAAAGGUCAUUGAGCAGGGUAAUCAUGUAUCCUUGUUGGAAAGUAGAGGAGUCUAUUAUGAAAUGUGUCAAUCUCAGGCAUUGGACAGGUGA